CGACCAAAUUGACAAAAACUAAUUCGACACCAAUUUAUGCUCUCUCUCGCUCACUCCCACACCAGCUCGACUUCAAUCCCAUUGAUCAAAUCUUUUUGAGUCUCAACUCAAAUCAACCACAAUCCACAACUCCAUCCCAUGUAGUAGCAGUAGCAGUAUUCUCUUCUCGACAUCAUCAUCAUUAUCAAUGGCAACAAACUAUCUCCCAAAAGCAGACCUCACAAGCAGCGGUCGACCCGUCUUUCUCCCAAACGAAAUCGAGUGUUCCAUCCUCUCUUCCGUCGACCUCGAAUGCGACGACAUCCCUAACUUCCCUCUCCUCAAAUCCGGCCUCCUCAUUCUCACCACCCACCGCCUCCUCUGGCUCCCGGACAACAACUCCUCCACCUCCACCUCCUCCGCCGCCGUGGCUCUCCCUCUCUCCUUCGUAACCCACAUCUUCUCCACCAAGAAGUCCGUCAAAACCCUCUUCCACUCCCCGCGUGUCCGCUUCCAAGCCUCCCUCGACUCCUCCAAAUCGGUGGUGAUGACCGUCGUGAUGAGAGGGAAGGGCGAUACGGACGCGUUUCUGGCCAAGUUCUGGGAGAACUGGAGGGCCAGGGCUUGGGAGAACGAUGUUCAGACCCAGACUCAGGGUGCUGUUGGGUCCAGUUCGGUUUCCGGGUCGGGUCCCGGUUCUGGGUCUGGUGGGUUUUACACGAGGGAAGGGGCGGUGAGGAUGGUGGGGGUGUCUGGGAUACUGAGGAAGGAACAGGAGAUGUGGGAAAGUACUGACAAGAGCUUGCAGGAAGCUUUUCAGGAUUUGAAUGCUCUAAUGAGUAAGGCUAAAGAGAUGGUUAUACUAGCAGAGAAAAUGAGGCAAAAACUUUUGUCUGGCUCAAACUCUAAAUCUAGUGCAACAAAUGAUGAUGAAGUGGGUUCUAAAGAAGAGAUGCAAGAUUGGUUGUUGAGUGUUGGUAUUGUAUCCCCUGUUACGAAAGAGUCUGCUGGAGCGCUGUAUCAUCAGCAAUUGUCCCGCCAGUUGGCAGAUUAUGUCAGAAUUCCGCUUGAGAGAGCUGGAGGAAUGAUCAAUCUUAUAGAUGUCUAUUGUCUCUUCAACCGUGCUCGAGGCACAGAAUUGAUCUCACCGGAUGAUUUGUUGCGAGCAUGUUCUCUCUGGGAGAAGUUUGAUGUUCCAGUGAUGCUUCGGAAGUUUGAUAGUGGAGUCAUGGUCAUCCAGAAUAAGUCCCACAGUGAUGAGGAGGUUUUUGCAAGAAUCAAGGCCCUUGUAACAAAUCCUGAUACCCUACGAACUGGGAUAAGUGCAAGUGAUGCUGCAAUGACAUUAGGAAUUGCUCCAGGCAUGGCGAAGGAGCAUCUUCUAACUGCUGAGAGCAAAGGUUUAGUAUGCAGAGAUAUAAGCCCCGAUGGCUUCCGAUUUUACAUCAACCUCUUUCCUGAAAUUAAUACAGAUGAUGUUUACUUGGUGAAAGAUUAUGGGAUCUAUAAUACAUGGGUUAGGGUGGCCUCUGCUUCUAGGUUGGAGUGAUUGCACAGUCGAGGUUCCAAAACCAUACCUUGGACACAUUUAACAUACAUGACAGACCCAAAAAAAGAAAAGAAAAAAAAAUCAUUCACAAUGCACUUUUUACUGUUGGCGUUUCUCAUUUUGGACGUGCUUGUGUUGAAAUUUGGGGAAAGCUGAGGGAGGGGUGAGGCAACUGUUUUGUUUGUGAUUGCAUUUUGUAGUAUAGUGAAAAGUUGAGCCAUUUGUAGCAAUGGAGGCGAUUGGCAAGAACAGUGUUAGGUGAUUCAUGUUUUUGUCUCAUGUGGGUAAUCUUUCGAAAUAGUGUAUGUUGAAUAUUAGAACAACAACAAUAAUAAAAUCAUAGUCUCAAAAUUAUGGAA